UGCAUGCAGUCGGAGGCGGCGCCGGCCAGGCCGCCGGGCGCCUAUGGACGCGCGGGGCCCGCUGUCUCCCCGGGCCAGCGCGUUCAGCAUCGCCUCUCUGGUUGCAGCAGAGGCCGCAGAACGCACCACGCAUCUGGCCCCUGGGUCCUCCGAGCCUGUGAAGCCGCUGGGAUCCCCGGCCGGCAUGCACUUCAGCACGGUCACCAGGGACAUGGAAGCCUUCACGGCCAGCAGCCUGAGCGGCCUGGGGGCGGCAGGGGGCUUCCCGGGCGCCGCGUCGCCCGGCGCCGACCCGUUCGGCGCGCGCGAGCCCCCGCCGCCGCGCUACGAGCCGUGCUCCGCCGCCGCGCCGGGCGCCCCGGGCCCGCCGCACGCCUACCCGUUCGCGCCGGCCGCCGGGGCUGCCAGCAGCGCCGCGGAGCCCGAGGGCCCCGGGUCCAGCUGCGCGGCCGCCGCCAAGGCGCCGGUGAAGAAGAACGCGAAGGUGGCCAGCGUGAGCGUGCAGCUGGAGAUGAAGGCGCUGUGGGACGAGUUCAACCAGCUGGGCACCGAGAUGAUUGUCACCAAGGCCGGCAGGCGCAUGUUCCCCACCUUCCAAGUGAAGCUGUUCGGCAUGGACCCCAUGGCUGACUACAUGCUGCUCAUGGACUUUGUGCCUGUGGACGACAAGCGAUACCGGUAUGCCUUCCACAGCUCGUCCUGGCUGGUGGCCGGGAAGGCAGACCCCGCCACGCCGGGCCGUGUCCACUACCACCCUGACUCGCCGGCCAAGGGGGCCCAGUGGAUGAAGCAGAUCGUCUCCUUCGACAAGCUCAAGCUGACCAACAACCUGCUGGACGACAACGGUCAUAUCAUUCUCAACUCCAUGCACAGAUACCAGCCGCGCUUCCACGUGGUCUACGUGGACCCACGCAAAGACAGCGAGAAGUACGCGGAGGAGAACUUCAAAACCUUCGUGUUUGAGGAGACGCGCUUCACCGCGGUCACCGCCUACCAGAACCACCGGAUCACGCAGCUCAAGAUCGCCAGUAAUCCCUUCGCCAAAGGCUUCCGAGACUGCGAUCCUGAGGACUGGCCCCGGAAUCACCGGCCCGGCGCGCUGCCGCUCAUGAGCGCGUUCGCCCGCUCGCGCAACCCCGUGGCCUCCCCCACGCAGCCCAACGGCGCGGAGAAAGACACGGCCGAGGCCCGGCGAGAGUUCGAGCGCGACGCGGGCGGCCCGGCGGGGCUCGGGGACCCGGCGCACCCGCCGCAGCUGCUGGCGCGGGUGCUCAGCCCCGCGCUGCCCGGGCCCGGGGUCCCGCUGCCCGGCGCGCCCGCAGGCCGGCCCAGCCCCCCGCACCCCGAGCUGCGCCUGGAGGCGCCCGGCGCGUUGGAGCCACUGCACCACCACCCCUACAAGUACCCGGCCGCCGCCUACGACCGCUACCUCGGGGCCAAGAGCCGGCCGGCGCCCUACCCGCUGCCCGGCCUGCGUGGCCACGGCUUCCACCGCACCCGCACGCGCCCCCCGCACGCGCACGCGCCCCCGCACCACCACCCGGCUGUGAGCCCCGCCGCCGCCGCCGCCGCCGCCGCCGCGGCCGCCGCCGCCGCCAGCAUGUACUCGUCGGCCGGGGCCGCGCCGCCGGGCUCCUACGAUUACUGCCCCAGAUAGUGCGCGCGCCCGCCCGGGGCCCGGGCCACGCGGCCGCGGGGCCGCCCCCCCCCGCCAGCCCCAGGGCGGCCCGAGGACCCCGCUCCCCGGCCCUGGGACCCCCGGGGCGCGCAGCCAGCGCCGAAGUGUGCGCUGCGCGCGGGAAGGAAGUGGUAUUUAUUGUUCUCGGCGAGGCCGCGACGGCCCCGGCCCGGCUGGCCGCUGCAGCGUGGACGGCCCGAGAACCCCCGUCUGCAGGCGGUGUGGUGUAGAUACUUGUAGAUAUCUGUAGAUAAAGUGUAGAUACCGCGCCGGCGCCGCCUUGAUAAACGGUUUCGCCUCUUUCGGAAGGUGCCUGAGUGUCCGUUUCUUUGCGCCGCGUUACAUCGCGCAGGGUGUCUGGGGAGGGCCGGACCCGGGGACUCGCGGGCUCCCCGGCCAGGCCGGCCGCGGGGCCGGG